AUGGCUCUUUUAUUGUUCUUAAAAAGAUUUGUGGCGUAUGUUCAGGCGGAGAAUGGAACAUUUUAUAUCAACGAUACCCGCGAUAACCUCGAGAGCUUUAACAGUUCCAUAAAGAAAAGGAUACCCCCUCUUUUACAGACUGACACGUGCCUAGCUGUAUUGUACAUCAUCAUAACCAGCACGGCCUUACUGGUGGGGACACUUGGUAACGCUUUCAUUAUCCUGGUAUGGACCGUCCUCAGAGACCUCAACAAACGUGGGAAAGAAUUCACCGUCAACCUGGCACUGGCGGAUCUCUGUGUCACUGCCAUAGCCGACCCCAUGUGUAUUACUGGUGUCACACACGGAGAACAGUUUUUCCAGGGUAGGAAACUGCUAUGUAUUUUUGUGGCGAGCCUUUGUCUGACUGCCAGCUUUUGUGCAUUCUUCAGCCUGUUCCUUAUGUCGAAGUCACGCUUUAUAUACCUGCGCCACAACCACGUGUAUGACAGAGUUUUCAACCGUGUCACCAGCAUUUUGCUUUGUUUUAUCUGCUGGGUGGUUGCUUUCUUGUUCGAAUUACAUAAUUUUGUUGGUUGAGGAGGACACGUCUUCAACCACAAAAAUCACCAGUGCAUCUGGGAUCGGACUACAAGUUUAUCGUACACCAUGUUUGUUUCAAUUAUUUUAAUUGGUGCACCACUCUUUGUAAUGGCUGUUUGCUACUUUCUUAUUUUUAAGCAUAUUUGGGAAACAAAACGUAACAUUUACAUUUUGGACAUUGACAAUCCUUUGAGAAUGAGAAAAGUUUGGAGAGAAACAGUCCGUUCAUCUAAGAUGUUGUUUGGUAUUUUUAUUGUAUGUGUUGUUUGCUGGACGCCGUAUGCCAUUAUUGUUUCUUUAGAUGUGAGUAGUAUAAGCGGUCUAGAUGGGGGGUUCAACUGA